AUGUCUUCAGGUCCAGUCAUCCACUAUGAUUAUGGUAUGUCCAGCACGGAUCCACGUCUUGCGAUUUGGCUUAACACCCGAAACUAGAUUUCUCACCGUACGGUCAGAAGACGAAGAUGCUUCUGAAGGCGGCAGGCAUCGACUACCACAAAGUCGACGUCCCGGCAGUGUUGCCCCGGCCUGAGCUGGAAAAGCUGGGCAUCACAUACCGUCGGAUUCCUGUUUUGGCCGUCGGGAAGGACGUCUACGCCGACAGCGACCUCAUCUUCCAAGUGGUCACCAAGAAGCUCGCACCGGGCAAAGUUCCGGCUUCGCCAGCUGACGACGCAUACAACGCCUGGGGAAAACAAGUCUUUUCUGAUAUUCUCAGCUUGAUCCCGGGCGAGGUCUUGACCGACGGCUUCGUGAAAGAUCGAGCUGCGGUGUUUCCAUUCCUCAAGAGGCCAGACAUCCUCACGCUGCGGCCGAGCGGGCUAGCACAGUUUCGCCAGCGGAUGAUGCAGAUCGAGAAUGAGUUCCUAUCCCAUGGCGGGCCUUUCAUCGGCGGAAAUAAGCUGUCUCUGGCCGACAUCCACGUGAUGUGGCCUGUCAAGUGGGUACUGAACGAGCUGAACGCAAAGGCAGAGCCUGGAGUUGGCAAGAACGACUUUCCAAAGACAUGGAAGUUGGCGGAGAGCCUGCCGACUUUCGAACCACCGGUCUUGAGCGCGGAUGAUGCAGCCAAGACCAUCACUGGCGCCCAGUACACGGCCAAUGGACCUUCCAGUGUCCAGAACGGUGAUCCGCUGGGUCUUGCGGCCGGAACUCCAGUCAACGUUGAAAGCUUUGAGUAAGUUCUCCAUUUGUGUAGGGCGUAGAUGAUUUGGCUAAGCGUGAAACAGCACGGACCCAGGUGCCCAUCCGCAAGCUGGGAAGUUGUUCGCGACCUCGGACGAGGAGACGGUGAUUGAGCUCAAGGAUGGUGUGCGGUUGCAUUUCCCGAGGAUUGGAUACGUUGUGCGUGACCAGGCGACGAAGUGGUAG